AUGGCCACCAAUAAUAAUAAUAACACAAUCCCAGUGAUCGAUCUACACGACUUCCCUAAUGAAUUACCCAAGUUGAUAGCAGCAUGUGAAGAAUGGGGCUGUUUCAGGCUGCUCAACUUCCAACAACUCCUUCCAGCAACACUCAUGUCAGAUAUGAAGACGGUGGUCAAAUCACUGUUUGAAUUACCGGUGGAUAUCAAGCGCCGGAAUGUUCACGUCAUCUCCGGCAGCGGAUACCGGGCUCCGUCGGAGUCUCCGUUGUACGAGGGCCUUGGUUUGUAUGACAUGUCGUGUCGUGCUGACGUGGAGACUUUUUGCUCCCAGUUGGAUGCUUCAACUCAUCAAAGGGAGAUAAUUGUAAGAUAUGCUGAAGCAGCACAUGAGUUACUUUUGGCGGUGGUAGGGAAAUUAGCCCAUGGUUUAGCAGUGAAAAGUGAAAAUUUAGGAUUUGAGAAAUGGCCAUGUCAAUUUAGAAUAAAUAAUUACCAUUUCACCCCUGAAAGUGUUGGUUCCCAUGGUGUCCACACACACACAGAUUCCGGUUUCCUCACUGUCCUUCAAGAUGAUGAAUGUGUUGGUGGUCUAGAAGUCAUGGCUAAGUCGGGUGAGUUCAUUGCUGUUGAUCCAUGGCCUGGCACCCUUUUUGUUAACCUUGGAGACGUAGCAACUGUAUGGAGUAAUGGAAGAUUUUGCAGUGUGAAGCAUAGGGUGCAAUGUAAAGAAGCAAGAGUACGUGUUUCAAUUGCUUCGUUCCUUUUAGGACCAAGAGGGACAUUGGAACCGCCACCGGAACUUGUGGACAAUGACCAUCCUCCUGUGUAUGUUCCAACCACGUAUGAAGAGUACAGGAAGUUGAGGAUGUCGACAAACUUGCAUGCGGGUGAAGCUCUUGAGCUCUUGUACACAUCUAACUACUCUCAGAAAUGAGGUUUGAUUCACUCUCAAAUAAAAUCCUUGUAGAUUACAAGGAGUGAUUAAUAAAUACAUAAAGAUAAUAUUUGCUUGUAGAUUACAUACGGGCUGUUGUGUGUAUUUUGCACCAAAACACUAAUGGUAGUGCUACAAAUAUAU